AUGCGGCUGUUCACUGUCUCAACUUUGCUCCUGUUCUUCUGCAGCUCAGCGCUGGCUCUGCAGAUUCAGUGCUACCAGUGUGAGGAGAUGACGCACGACUGCUCCACGCCAGAGUUCAUCGUCAACUGCACCGUGAAUGUGCAGGACAUGUGCCAGAAGGAGGUGCUGGUAAAGGAUGACGGGAUUCACUAUCGCAAGUCCUGUGCCUCGUCAGGAGCCUGUCUUAUCGCUUCCUCUGGCUACCAGCAGUUCUGCACCGGCAAGCUCAACUCAGUGUGCAUCACCUGCUGCAACACGCCGCUGUGUAAUGGACCACGGCAGAAGAAACGACCCCAGCCCUCCGCUGCCGUCGCCCUGAACACGCCGCAGCUCCCGGUGUUUUUCCUCCACAUUGUCCUCUUGCUGUCCUCCACCCUGUGCUGACAGACCUUGGUGCACUGAUGUGUGUUGAAAAUGUUCUGCUGCUGACAGUAGAGACCACAGGAACUGGAGGUGUUUAGGCUGAGACAUGCACACACUGAAAUGUUUAUACGUGAACAAGCUUUAUCCAGUGUUUGUUUCUGGUGAGUCCCUGGCUUUCUGUUGCAGCUUGCCUCUAAAGUUCAAAAGCAAAAAGCUACGUAACGCUGGAAAAUGUCAUCUUCAUGUGUCAUGUCUUCAACGCGAUCAUGGCGCAGCUUUGGGGGGCAGCUAGGUAAGGAUAGUGCCAUGGACAAAACAGCUUCUAGCAACUGUGUUAAACAGCAGGUGGCUCAUCCUCAUUUGUUAUUAUUCACGAGUCACAUAAGACAUAUUGCUGGAAGUCGACUAAGUGUAGAUUGUUGUUGGAGAUCUCCAGAAUAAAUGUGUGAUUUUUGCUGUCUGAACACCAUUACCUGAAACAAUUUUGCUGUGUUACAAUCUGAAAAAGACAAUAGAUGACAAGAUGUAACAACGUGAUGUUGCUCAAUGAUUGUGGAUAGAAAACUGCAGUUUAGAUAAUUGAUUUGAUGUAGAAAGCAACCUUCCUCCAUUCAUUUUUUUAAAACAGCCAUUCCAGUCUGUUCAUAGAUGUUGUACAUAGAACUACAAGGCAUGCUGAUACACGGUUUCUUUCAACUACUCAUCACAGCACCCUCUGCUGACUAAAAUAUGGCAUAAUGAGGGGCUGGACAAUCUGUGAAUGUCCAGGAUGAUGGACCUCAACAACUUUUUUUUUGCGUUUUUGCAACUGGUCUCUUCAGAAAGAGAUUUUACAGAAAAAGUUGUCCUAUAUAAACAUAAGGGAACGUGAGGCGUGUCUUGGUACAGAGUAAGUCUGAACUCAAUGUGGAAUCUAAACUCCUAAGGAUGGGAGGAUGCUGUACAACUAGUUUGCAAUUGGGAAUCCUCACCACUAG